AAGCACAGCUAGAGAACGGGAGAUACUCUGUGUCCAUAAUUGGAUGCCGCUGACUUGGGGAAAAGGUUUUCUGGUCACAUGAUGGUUGAGAAUAUUAGAUGUAACUCCAUGAGUGCUCGAACUCCACCGCUGUCGGGCUAACACUGGAUCUGGACUGUUUUGGGAUUGGAACGUACGGUUUCAGCACUACACCUAGGUUGGACAGCGUUCCUGCAGGAUUUGGUUUUUGCAUUAUAGCCGAGUGCCGACUGACAGAAGUGAUCGCAAUUCUCCAGUGUUCAAAUGAACUGUAGCUGUAUGUUGUAAAUGCAGCAGGCUAUUGACAAGCAUUUAAAUAUUCAUGGGUAUAGAUAUUUUUGAGUAUUUCGUCUUGAUCUGGUUGACUAACCGACACAAUGGCCCUUGAGAGGACGGACAACAGCUCAAUUUUUUUUGCAGGAGGGAUCCAACUACUUCAACGUCAGGACACGACCAUCAUCUUACCCGCGGUCCUUACAGCUAUCUCCGGAAUCGGUGUUCCCGGGAAUCUCAUUCUUCUGGUCGUUCUAGUGUAUGGACUGAGGACUGGGACUGUCUCUGAGGCCAGAACAUUAUUGGCCAGCUUAUGCGUAACGGACUUGUUGAUUCUGUCCGUGUGCGUGCCGGUGCGCGUAAUUACCUACCACACGCGCACAUGGAUGCUUGGGGACCUUGCCUGCAAGACAACAGAAUGGUUUCAGCAUGGGUGCCUCGCGGCUAAAAACUUCACUCUUGCCGCAACCAGCAUUGCUCGUGACCAUCCUCCACUAUGUCAAGUACAGGGCGCCAAGUACAGGGCGAGGAGAGCACUUUGGACGAUGGUGUUCUCUUGGAUUGUGGCGCUUGUCUUCCCAAUACCGGAACUUAUGUUUUCCAAGAUGCAGGCUCGCGGGGAUUCGUGUUUGUGCGUGUGUGAGAUCCCCCGAAAAUAUCUCGGGUUUAUAUCCCUGUUUAGCAAGGUGUUUUCAGUCGCUGCCUGUGCUAUUCCUAUCUUAAUCGCUUUUAUCAGCUACACGAGAACCAUCUUCCACACAAAGUCGCAGACGGCCACUGUGGCUUCAAGCCCUGCUCAACACCAAGCCCGGAGGCGCGCGCUGAUGCUCUUGAGCCUCACGGUGGCGCACACGCUCCUGGUGUUGCCUCAGUGGGUGUUCUGGGCAUGGGCUCGACACAACCCACGCGUCAACUUCCAACCUCCCGCGAACCUCCUCAUCAUCGCUCAGGUGUGCGUGUACCUCAGCAGCGCGUGGUCUCCCGCCAUUCUCCUCACUGCGCAUGGGUCGCUCAGAGAAGACCUGUCUCGAGUAUGUAGGUCCGUCUCCUGCCAGGAUUCAAAAUCGGAAUCUGACGAGCCACAAGAACUGGGUGGGAACGAGCAAGGCACACGCAUGAUACUGAUCAACCUUCCUGCUGACUCGAGAUGCGCGUCCUUGCCACCCGAAUUGCAAAGUGUGCGCACGGACGAAUUCGGUCGUCUUCUGCCCGACCUCCAGCAGUUUUGGACUGGGCGCCAGAGCACAUUGGUGUUGCAGGAGCAUGACCCACUGCCAUGGGAACGGUUUGGAGAAAGCACAGCCAACUUAUGAGUCGCAUUAAUGCUACUUUUAAGGAAAUGAUAAUAAUCAGAGUUUAGCUGAAGUCUCUCCACUAAGUUUUCUAUGAACGUUUUGGGCAGUAUUGAGGCUGUGCGCCAUUACAGUUUACAUCACUGCUUGACACCCCACUACUUAUAACACCCUCUAACCAUCUCAUCAGUAUGGGGUCCUCACCCAUUAUGCUUCACAGUUCUUUACAGUCUUCUCACUCAUUUGGGAAAAUAUGUAUUAUUAACUGCCACUAUAUGUUUGUGCCAUGCUUUGUAUGAAAUGAGUAUUGAGUAAAUAUUUGAGAUUACAUUGUUAUUAUCCAAUAGUAACAUUUCACCGCUGAAAUUUGCAGUUUGUUGGCUAUAUGUUUCAACUUUAAACCCAACUGUAUGAAAAAGCGGGUAAAAUAUGUUUAGUCUAUAACAAAUGUGUAAAAAAUAUGAGGUUUGUCAGGGUAUCUUCAAUCCCCCAUCACCAUAACCACCAACCCCCAAGUUCAGUAUUGAAUGAACUAGUAUAGAACUAGUGUAGAAUGAACUGAAAACUUUCCACAGAUUAAGAAUUCUAUAAUGUCACUAGGGAUGUAACGAUUACCGGUAUAAUAAUAAACAGCGAUAAAAAUGUUGACGAUAACAAUUACCGUUUUCAUUUCAAAUAUCAUGAUUAUCACGGUUGAUUACCGCGGUGUGGAAACCGUGUGUUUAAUCCUUUCCAGCUUCAUCCAAGCCUGCUUUUGACAUACAGUAGGCCUGGGACAAUGAAACAAAACUGGUACCCUACUGAUUCUGUUGUUUAAUUUAUGGUUUUAACUAUGAUUCGGAUUAGGCUACACCUGAUUGUAAAAGGCAGAACUUUUCCACCGCAAAAUGUGCACUGUAUCAUGUAGCCACUCUGUCUUUUUAUGUUCUCGUCCACAUUAAAUCCUUUCCACUCACGUUAUCAGGAGAAUACAAAGUUUGAUUUUAACGCUCACUUUGGUCUCACUCAUUGCAUCCAAAUAACAGAAAUAGCAAACUCCAAGUUAUGGUAGGGUAAGUUACGCUAUAAGC